UCGAAAUCCCCCAUUUCACGUGAACGCUUCGUGACUUUCCUUUCUCCUUUUCCGGCCACGAACGCAACGCCAGUUGUCUUCCCCCCGUCAUCCAAUCACAGCGAGCGUUGCGCCAGCUGAUUGGUGACGUCACCUGGCCUAGCGAUUAUUUGGCCGAGGCUCCGUUUGGUCUCCGCGUCGUCGCCAUUAAGCAACACAAUCUGGGACCAUGUAGAAAAACAAACACACGAAAAACAACAACAAGUUUUUAAAAAACUAUAACAGUCCCGGCGGACGGACGGGCUGUUCAUUUCGCUGAGCGCCGGAAGUCUCGGUUGAGGUAAACAUGUGACAGGACAAAAGGUGUUUUAAUACAUCGGUUCGGGUAAAUAUUUGAGGGAGGAGGAAGAAUAUCGUCCCGGAGGAGGAGAACAAGACGGCUUUGUUGUGCUCGUCCGAAACAACACUUCAAGGAGACGGUGACCCACAAUGACGGACCCGAGGGACAAAUGGGCCUGUGACUACUGCACCUACGAGAACUGGCCCUCCGCCACCAAGUGCACAAUGUGCCGCGCUCACAGGUCCCCCGGCGCCAUCAUCACGGAGGAGCCUUACAUAAGCGGGCCCGUCCCGGAUCCGUCGAGCCGCCGGUGGGACCUCCCCGCCGGCGAGGGCGGCGGCCUCCUCAUCUGCCCGGACUCCAGCGCCAGGCCUCGAGUGCGCCCGGCCGGCGUGGCGGAGAUCGCCGCCAAGUGGUCGUGCCACGUGUGCACCUACCUGAACUGGCCCCGAGCCGUCCGCUGCACCCAGUGUCUGUGCCGGCGCCCCAAAAGCGGAAGCCCCGCCGAGUCGCCCCACGUGUCCGGCUGCCGCCCGGCGCCGCCCCGUUCCCCCGUGGACCCGUGCGAGGAGUACAACGACCGCAACCGCCUCAACACCCACCAGCACUACUGGACGUGCUCGUCGUGCACUUACCAGAACUCGCCCAAGACGCUCAAGUGCGUGGUCUGCGAGCGCCCCGAGGCCAUCGAGCUGGCCGCCCCGUCCGCCGAGCGGGACCGGGCGAGGUGGCGGGGCAGCGUGGGCACCUGCAGCACCGGCGUCGGUCAGAGGAGGUCGCCGCCUCCGGCCGAGAGGGAGGACAACGUCCAAACGGACUUCCCGAGGAUCGAGACGGCGGCGGGAGGAGGCGGGAGCGGCAAGGACGAGCAGGAGAUGGACUUCAAGAAGCUCAAGCAGAUCCGGAACAAGAUGAGGAAAACGGACUGGUUGUUUCUCAGCGCCUGCGCCGGCGUGGUGGAAGGAGACCUGGCGACGGUGGAAGCCUACAAGUCGUCGGGCGGCGACAUCGCCCGUCAGCUGACCGCAGACGAGGUGCAGCUGCUCAACCGGGCGUCGGCGUUCGACGCGGGCUUCACGCUGGUGCACCUGGCCAUUCGCUUCCAGAGGCAGGACAUGCUCGCCGUCCUCCUCACCGAGGUGAAUCAGCAGGCGGCCAAGUGCAUCCCGUCCAUGGUGUGUCCCGAGCUGACGGAGCAGAUCCGCCGGGAGAUCGCCGCGUCGCUGCAUCAGCGCAAAGGCGACUUCGCCUGCUACUUCCUGAGCGAUCUGGUCACCUUCACCCUCCCCGCCGAUAUCGAGGACCUGCCUCCCUCCGUCCAGGAGAAACUGUUUGAUGAGGUUUUAGAUCGGGACGUGCAGAAAGAGCUGGAGGAAGACUCGCCGGUGAUCAACUGGUCCACGGAGCCGGGCACGCGUCUGGACAGCCGCCUUUACGCGCUGUGGAACCGCACGGCCGGGGACUGCCUGCUGGACUCGGUUCUGCAGGCCACGUGGGGCAUCUACGACAAGGACUCGGUCUUGCGCAAGACGCUCCACGACAGCCUGCACGACUGCUCGCACUGGUUUUACACUCGCUGGAAGGAGUGGGAGUCGUGGUACUCUCAAAGCUUCGGCCUUCACUUCUCUCUGCGGGAGGAGCAGUGGCAGGAAGACUGGGCCUUCAUCUUGUCUCUGGCCAGCCAGCCCGGGGCGAGCCUGGAGCAGACCCACAUUUUCGUGCUGGCCCACAUCCUCCGCAGGCCCAUCAUCGUCUACGGCGUGAAAUACUACAAAAGUUUCCGAGGAGAGACGCUGGGGUACACCAGAUUUCAAGGCGUGUACCUGCCGCUGCUGUGGGAGCAGAACUUCUGCUGGAAGAGCCCAAUCGCGCUGGGCUACACCCGCGGCCACUUCUCGGCCCUGGUGGCCAUGGAGAACGACGGCUACGGCGACAACCGCGGCGCCGGCGCCAACCUCAACACGGACGACGACGUCACCGUCACCUUCCUGCCGCUGGUGGACAGCGAGCGCAAGCUGCUGCACAUCCACUUCCUGUCUGCGCAAGAGAUGGGCAACGAGGAGCAGCAGGAGAAGCUUCUGCGCUCGUGGCUGGACUGCAGCGUGACGGACGGCGGCACGCUGGCCGCCGUGCAGAAGAGCUCGCGGCGCCGCCACCACCCGCUGGUCACGCAGAUGCUGGAGAAGUGGCUGGACACGUACCGGCAGAUGCGGCCGCGGGCCGCGCUGUCCGACGGCGAGGACGACGACGACGACGACGAGUGAGGCGGAGCCGGACGAGCGCUGCGACUCGUCCCCGCCUUCCCGGAAUCUCGGGGGAGGAGCUGGAUUGCACGCGCACACAUACAAACAAGCCAAGCGGGUCUAUCAUCCGCCCCUGGAGGAUUUCGUUACCUGGUCCCCGUUAGGCAUUUAUUUUGUCUUGGGGGGCGACGGCUGCCAGCGAUUGGUUGCCGUGGCUGCGUGGAACAACAACAACAACAACAUGGCGGACACGACCACAACACGGUGGAGUGCGACGUGCUCAUGUCACGUUAAAUUUGAUUUUUGGAUUUACAUUUUAGCUUCUCCGUAUUUUACAUUUCCCAAUACAUGCUUGAAAUUGUAAAACAAGUUUUUACUGAUGUAAAUUAAAUAUUGAAUAAAUUAUUAAAUAUGACCCCAUUCGAGGAGAUUUUUUUUUCUAUUUUAAUAAGAAAAAAAAAAAGGAUGUUGUGUUGCCCGAAGUCAGCUGAGAUCUUCGUGGAAGAAUUUUUAAAUACAAAAAAUGAUGCAUACUGAAUUGAUUGCAAUAAAAAAGGUGGUUUGUUUUUUAAUUAUUCAUCUGAACAAUUUCAAAGAGAAAUUAAAAUACUAUGUAGAUGUUUUCAUGGACAUGUUGUAUUUUAUUUUAGAAUUAUUUAGUAGUUGUGAAAAAAAUGCUAUGAAGUGAUGCCUCAAGAGUUUUCAUUGUUGCUCGCUGUUGCUUUGUUGAUGAUGAUGAUGAUUAUUAUUAUUUGUUGUUGGAAGAAUUGCUUUUAAAUCUAAGCAAUCAAUUACAAAUAGUAAACUUAUCGCACCAAAAGAGCGAGUAUAGUUCCAAUAAUCAAAAUUAUUUCAAACUAUUUGACUUUUUAAACACUUAAUUGCUUUUGUAAACAAAGCAUUGCAUUUGUAAAUUAUAUGAUUUGUGUGUCAAUCAAUAUUUUCCAAAUCGACACGGAAGUCGAAAUAUUUCCGU